AUGGGCUCUGUAAACAAGUUCGCCUCUGACUAUUCUCAGCAGCACUACCGAGCUGUAGCUUGUGAGUUCGUAUACCACCAGCGACCGAUGCUUCUUUUCGUCUUUUUCCUUCCCAUGUCACUAUUUGGCGGCGAGAUGGGCAAACUGUCCUUGGUAUUUGUCCUUGGAACAGCCCACUUUCCCCUCUCCAAAAGCGCCUAA